ACGUCAGCUCACAGCGUCGAGGCCCUGCACUCGCUGGGUCUAGGUCUUUUCCGAAAUUUAAGAAACUGUUGGCCUCACCCAGACGUGGUCAAGAACAAUGGCUAUCCACUGGGUGGACAUCCUUACAAUUGUCCUGUACUUUGCAGUCGUCUUAGGCGUUGGAUUGUGGACAAGUUUCCGAACCAACAAGCAGGAUUCAGUGAAGGGGUAUUUCUUAGCCGGCAAAGACAUGACCUGGCUACCGGUUGGAGCCUCUGUGUUUGCCACAAACAUCGGCAGCCAUUUCUUCAUAGGGCAGGCCGGGACAGCUGCCGCCAAUGGAGUUGCUGUAGUCAUGUUUGAAUGGAUGGCAGUGUUUCCACUUCUGUUGCUGGGAUGGUUCUUUCUUCCAAUUUACAUUUCCUCUGGGUGUUACACAAUGCCAGAAUACCUCAAGAAAAGAUACGGCGGAGAGAGGUUAAGAAUGUCACUAUCGAUUCUAUCCAUAUUCUUGAUGAUUGUGACCAAGAUUUCCAUGUCAGUGUAUUCAGGCGCCAUCUUUAUCCAGCAAGCACUGGGCUGGGACCUGUACAUAGCCACCAUCAGCGUGGUGCUGAUCACUGCGGUAUACACUGUGCUGGGAGGCCUGUCUGCCGUCAUAUACACAGACGCUGUUCAGACAGCUAUUCUGAUAGGAGGCGGCAUUGUCAUGGCGGUUAUAGGCAUCCAAAAAGUAGGAGGUCUGGAAAAUCUCUUCGACGACUUCAUGUACGCAGCUCCCAACGUGACACAGUGUGCCAAUAACGUCACCGCUGGUUUCCCGCCUCCAGAUUCCCUGAACAUAUUCCGAGCUCCGGACACACAAGACUUUCCCUGGACAGGAUUGAUAUUUGGAACAAUGGCGCCAGCUAUACUUGUGUGGUGUAACGAACAGAUAAUUGUUCAGCGUACUCUGGCCGCCAAGACAAUUGAACAUGCGAAGGGCGGCAUCAUAGUGGCCGGAUAUCUGAAACUGCUCCCGUUCUUUAUCCUCAUCGUACCGGGCAUGGUCAGCAGGGUUCUGUUUCCAAAUGAAGUGGCUUGUGUAAAUCCCGAUAUUUGUAUGAGUGUGUGUCAAAAUAGAGUCGGCUGCUCGAAUAUAGCAUAUCCCAAACUAGUGGUGGAAAUCUUGCCAAUGGGUAAUUUGAACCUCAUACCUUAUUGUGGUUUUGUGACAUUCUAA